CCCGGUUGCUCAGAAUCAACGCGCUUUUCUGUGCUUCUCUUUGCUCCGUUGUUAGGCUCCCCCCAUAGGAGUUCUGUCAAUGUACAGCUAUGGCUUCGCUGACGUCAGAGAUCGGCCUAGACGCGAUGGCAGAGCCCCGGCCCACGGCCCCGGCAUCCGAGCUGCAGCUGGAGCUGCCGGCUGCACCCGCCGGCCCAGAGCAGCCCCUGUCGCAGUCGGCCGACCCGUCGUCGCCCAGUGACACCAGCGACCGGGGCACGUCGGGCCCCGAACGGCGCGACUCCAACUCGGACUCCGACUCGGACUCGGGCGACAGCGACGUCAGCGACGUCAGCAACAUCAGCGGGCUCAACUGGAAGCCCAACGCAGGUCCGAUCUGCUGGGUGCAGGAGCAGAUCGGCUCGGGCACCGACCCGCGCGAGGUGCUGCUGGCGCUGCGACCCGGCCUCAAGCACAUCCCCGCCCACAUCGACGACAUCACGCUCUGGAAGAUCGUGAUCGAGAUCCUGAGCGAGCCGCCGCGCCGCGAGAAGCUGCGCCACGUCAACACGCUGAGUGACGUCACGCGGCUGAUCCGCGGCGCGCGCAACAUCAUCGUCCUCACCGGCGCCGGGGUGUCCGUGUCGUGCGGUAUCCCCGACUUCCGGUCCCGCGACGGCAUCUACGCUCGGCUGGCGGUCGACUUCCCCGACCUGCCCGACCCGCAG